AUGGCGGAUCCCAUUGCUGAGGCUGCGCAGAAGCACCCUGCGCCUGAAGGCCUCACCUACACAUAUGGCACGGCUGGUUUUCGCACCAAAGCCGACGUCUUGGACUCGGUUCUCACCCGCGUUGGCUUGAUCGCCGCUCUACGUUCGCGUGCUUUGAAAGGGCAAUGGAUUGGUGUCAUGAUUACAGCAUCCCACAACCCACCCGGCGACAAUGGUGUCAAGCUUGUGGAGCCGCUGGGCAACAUGUUGCAAGAAGAAUGGGAGGUGCUGAGCACAACCAUGGCAAACAAGGCGACUCCAGAGGACGUAUCUCAGUACUACCGCGAUAUUGCGAAGACGCACCGCAUUGAUUUAGCCACGCCCGCACGCGUAGUCGUCGCCAGGGACACAAGGGCAUCCGGUGCAAGAUUGCUUGGCUGUCUUGUUGACGGGCUCAAGGCCGCUGGCGCCGAUUACAAGGACUUUGGGUUCCUCACAACGCCGCAACUCCACUACAUGGUUCGGUGCUUGAAUACUGAGGGUACCCCCAACGCCUACGGCUCCCCGACAGAAAAGGGGUACUACGAGAAGUUUGGCGCCGCCUUCAAGAACGCCCUCAAGGGAAAGAAGCCGUCAGGGGGAUUGACUGUUGAUUGCGCCAAUGGCGUUGGCGGCCCCAAGCUCACUGAGCUGAUCAAGUAUCUGCCGUCUGAAGACGAGGGUGGUCUGAAGAUUACAGUCAUCAAUGACAACGUCAUCAAGCCCGACAGCUUGAACGUUGAGUGCGGGGCGGACUACGUCAAGACGAACCAACGGGCACCCCCCUCUUCCAAGGCAGGACCCAACGACCGCUGCUGCUCGUUGGAUGGAGACGCCGACCGAGUUGUCUAUUACUUCAAGGAUGACAGCAACGUAUUCCAUCUGCUCGACGGCGACCGAAUCGCCACUCUUGUCGCCUCGUUCCUUGGCGACCUCAUCCGCCAGAGUGGACUCGCCGAGCAGAUCACCAUCGGUGUUGUUCAGACGGCGUACGCUAACGGGGCAGCGACAAAGUACGUGGAGCAGACGCUCAAGUUGAAGGUGGACUGCACGCCGACAGGAGUGAAAUACCUGCACCAUGCGGCUGAGAAGCUGGAUAUUGGUGUCUACUUUGAGGCCAAUGGCCACGGCACCGUCAUCUUCUCGCACGAGACGUUGGAGGCGAUUGCAAGGCACGAGGCGAGGAACCCGGGACAGAAGGAAGCGUUGGACAUCCUGCGGGCUACGGUGGAGCUGAUCAACCAAGCGGUGGGGGACGCGCUGAGCGACAUGUUGCUGGUGGAAGUGGUGCUCGCCCACAAGAACUGGACGGUUCAGAACUGGCUGUCGACGUACGACGACCUGCCGAACCGGCUUCUCAAAGUCACCGUGUCGGACCGGAACAGGUUCCAGACGACGGACGCGGAGCGGCGGCUGGUCAAGCCCGAGGGGAUCCAGAAGCUCAUUGAUCAAGAAGUGCAGAAGGUUCGGCAGGGCCGCGCAUUUGCACGAGCCAGUGGCACCGAGGACGCGGUGCGUGUAUACGCAGAAGCAGCGACAAGGGCCGAGGCAGAUGAUCUUGCGCGUCGAGUUGCCGACCUCGUGAAGGCAGCCGGUACCGUCUAA